GUGAAUGUUAGAAAGGGUAUAUUUGUCAUUUGAGUCUUUAGACUGCUGUGGUGGUUUGUGAGAGAAUAGAUGAAACGGUGCGUAUAUUGCAUUAGGAUUCUGUUUCUAAUUUGAACUUUUGAAAGGUCGAUCAUUUUCGCCCCAGGGUUAGAGUUGAGAGAGAACACGAGAAAGAAAAAAAAAAGGAAAACUCCUUGGCUGCCACCGGAGGCUGGACGUGAUCGGAAAAGUUCAUACCGACGAAGUUGAAGUCAAAGGCUAAGUUCAUACCGGACGUGAUCGGUGUGGAGCGCGGAAGGCCUUUGCAAUGACGGGUUGGCGCCUUGGAUAUAUUGCUAGUCCAAAACAUUUUGUUGGUGCAUGUGGAAAGAUCCAAAGUCAAUUCACUUCAGGGGCCAGUAGUAUUGCCCAGAAAGCUGCAGUUGUUGGGUUAGGACUAGGUUAUGCUGGUGGGGAAGCAGUUUCUACCAUGAUUAAAGCAUUUAAGGAGCGAAGGGAUUUCUUAGUAAAAAGUUUUAGAGAAAUAGAUGGUGUCAAGAUAUCCGAACCCCAGGGAGCAUUCUAUUUAUUCAUUGAUUUCAGCAUCUAUUAUGGAAGAGAAGUUCAAGGAUUUGGUAAAAUUGAGGAUUCUGAGUCCCUCUGUCGAUACUUACUGGAUGUUGGCCAAGUAUUCUCAUGUAAUUGUAAAUGGUUAUCUAUUAAGUCCUAUGUGGUUAUAUCUGGAAGAGGUUUUGUGCAACAAUAA